GGUGGUAAUGGUGGUGGCGACAGUGAGUAGUAACAGCUGUAACUUUUCGGAAGAUUUUAGACUGAACAUUAAAUUGUCGUGUUAUUUUGUCACGGCUCGAGUUGCACACAAACUGGCUGUAUCGCUUUCGGUAAGGAUGCAAAAAUGUUACGAGACACGCGGCUAAGAUUACGACAUUGACACGCGGUGUGAAUGAAACGACUAAAUGCGGUCAGCGAAAAGUAUUUGACAGCUGAAAUUGCGUAAUUACAGAGAAAAUAUAACGUGCAUCCUCUCACGCAUGAUUCAGUCGUGAUCCAAUAAAAUUAUCAUCGGGAGAAUGGCGGAGCUGGAUGACUUGUUUCACACGGAUCAAUAUGUAGGCCCGGAGCGGCUCACCGAUCUCUGCUUUAAAUUGAUCUGCGAGAAUCUCGACAUUAUCUCGAUAAAGGGAAGACGGGGUCAUCGAAUAUUACGGAAAGGGAUUACUUUCCCGAGCGAGAUAUGUGACAAAAUUAUCGAGUAUGCGCAAUACAGCGAGGCGACCGAGGACGACGAUUGUUUUUUUUCAAUCUUUAAAAACUUAGCGGCUACUCGACUGAAGCACGUUAAAAUCUCCAGUUGCAGCUUAACUGACACUUCGGUUCAGACUCUUACCAGUCACAAACUCUACGAUUUAGAACUUACCGAUUGUAGUAAUUUAACGGAACUUUGUAUCGAACAUAUUAAUGCCAAUUCAGAAAAUCUUCAUAGUUUAGCAUUUCAUGGAACUUCGAUGAUUGUACCAUCGCGUUUGAGCCCAGCUGAAUCAUCUUUCGAUUACUACAAACGAGGAUAUGUUUUCAAAACGCCAAAUUUAAGACGUUUGGCAUUAGGAUAUUUAGGAAUAGCUGCAUCAGAAUAUGUCUUGUUACUGGCAGGAUUAAUCAAUUUGACGCAUCUGGACUUAUCUAAUAGUUUUGACAUUGAUACUUUUGAAUUUUAUCAUCUAGUACCAAAUUUAGUGUCGUUAACUUUGUAUAAUGUUAAAGUCAAUACGGAUUCAAAAUCUUUUGUUAAAAACAUCAGCCAAUUGAAGAAUUUAAGGCACUUGGAUAUUUCACAGUCAAAUUACAAACACGGACAGUUUGAGAAUCCUAAUAGAGUCUUAGCUGACUUAGUAAAUGGUUUACCACAAUUGGUUUCCUUAGAUAUCGGUGGUACAAAUCUAGCUGGAAGAGGUGUAGCCGAACGUCCUAUCGACAUGAAAAUCGAGGAUACUAAUCUCUGUCAGCUUUCUGACAUACCAGGACUCGCCUCUAGAAUACAUAAGCCAUUACAAUUUUUAGGUCUUUAUGGUACUGCCCAUGGUGCUUGCAGAAGGCACGACAUACCAGCAAAAGUGGUGGCUGGUGAUGCAAACGAAGAUCAAAUAUUGAUCGCAGCUCAUGUUUGCAUGGACAAUAAACAGGAGUUGUUACAAAAAGUACUCAGUGAUUUAUACCAUGUGUUUAGAUAUGAGAAUUGCCACAGAAUGGAUCAAGCACUGUGCACUGUGUUGGAAGCGAUGGAAAAGCAUCCAGCUCAGAAGCAUAUACAGAUAUCAGGAAGCGCUACCUUAUUUUACAUAGUAAAAAUGAAGGAAAAAGGCGAAUUAGUAGCACGAAUGAAGAGAAGAAUUAUAAGUACCCUCCUUGCUGGUAUGAGCGCGCAUAGAGAUGAGGAAACUAUGAUGCGAAACGGAUGUUUGGCAUUGUGCCAAUUUCGCAUACCACAAGAUGUGAUGUCGAAUUAUGAAGCACUUGUUAAAGUACUUCUACAUUCAGCCAGACAUUCGGAACCAGAGAGUUUUGUUCAAAGAAUCGGUAUAUAUUUAUUAAACUCUUUGGCUUGUCAAGUGGAGGGUAAAGAAAAAAGAUUGCUCGGCAAAUUGGGUUGCGUUAAGACCAUGUUGGAAUUGGUGGAAUAUAGAGUGGAGUCUAAUAUAUUUGACGACGUAUUAGAAGUUGCAUGGUCGACUAUGUGGAACAUGACCGAUGAAACGUCCAUAAAUUGCCAACGAUUCUUAGAUGAAAAAGGCAUGGCAUUGUUUCUGUUGUGCGUAAAGCAAUAUCCACACAAGGAAGAAUUGUUGAGGAAUAUGAUGGGUUUGCUCGGUAAUGUAGCAGAAGUCGAGUAUCUUCGAAUUCACCUUAUGCAGGAGCGAUAUGUAACAGUCUUCGCGAAUCUAUUACGUUCCAAUAGCGAUGGAAUCGAGGUUCCGUACAACGCCGCUGGUAUAUUGGCACACAUGGCAUCUGAUGGUCUUGACGCUUGGACGAUAGAAAAGCCGACUCGCAAUGAGGUUCUUAAAUACAUGGUGCAAGCGAUUGAAAGUUGGGAUUUAAAUGCGGAACGCAAUAUCAAUUAUCGUUCUUUUGGACCAUUGCUACGCCUGUUGGAUGUAUACCACACUCCUCCGUGUCAACAUUGGGCCGCUUGGGCUCUAGCCAAUCUCACCAAAGUAUACCCAUUUAAAUACUGUACAUUGGUAGUGAAAGAAGGAGGAAUGGAGAAACUACACACAUUGAUAGCAGACUCCAGACCGUACGAGCGUAUAAAGGAACUUGCAAACUUAGUGAUUGAAAAUUGCUGUCAAUACGAAAGUCAUUCCGACGAUGUAAACGUUUCUCAUUCGGCAUUAGAUGCGGAAUAUAGUUUGGAUGGUUAAAAAAAAAGAUUUUAGUAAUAUCGUUUCAUACAUUGAAUUACUUGUGUCGUUUCUUUAGACAAAAUGAGUUAUAAUUGGUAUUAUUAACAACACAGAGAAGCCAAUCAGUUAACCAGUGCGUUAAAUGACUAUAAUUUUUUGAACGAAAAGAUGGAAACGAACGGAUGCUCAAUAUUAUAAUUACAAGAAUUAAGCAUGCGAGUGCGUGGCUGGAUGCCUGUUGAAAGCAUGUGUGUGAGUAUGAAGAACGUAAAAUAUUUUAAAACUAUUUAAUAUUAUCGGCAAAUAUUUAUCAUAUACAUUAUUGGUAAUGAUUGAUAGUUGACCGAACCGCGGAUUCUUUAUCCAUUCAGUGUACAUAAUUUGCUCAUCGUAAAAAGCAAAAGUUGCAAGUAAGGUAAUUACCUUGUCUCUCAACUAUGACUUGUCUUUAACUACGUGUAUUAACUUUCGUACAGUGGGUGCUUUUUUUCCUGUCCUUUUUGCUUCUUUCUUGUAGAUAAUACAGCAUAAAUAAUUUGUUCUUAUUAGAAUUUUUCUGACAUGUAAAAGCGAGAUAGACAAUUGAAAGAUCUUGCGUGUAAAUAGAAUUUAUGAAGAAGCAGUAAAGUGUAUUAGAUUUAAAUGUUUUGUAAUUUAUCGUUAUUAAUAUUAAAAUCCUCUGAAAAAAUUAA